AUGGAUGCAGUUAUAAGUGAUUUGAGCGCAUCCGAAAAUGUUGUCUUGGUUCAUUUCGCCAAGGAUACGGAUUUUAGUGGAAAUUUGAAAAAAUUCAGUGUUCAUAAGUCAAUAUAUUCAGAAGAACUUGAGUCAGCCACACAUGACUCUGCAAGUGUUGUACUAUGUUGUGAAAUACCAGAUGAAAAGUACACUACUGAAUUUCUGACACAUUUACUGAAAGUGCUAAAUCCUGGUGGCAAACUGCUAAUUUUGAACAUAUUGGAGAAAGAAAAAGUGAAGUUCAGUCUUAUCAUGGCUGGUUUCAUGAAUGUAAAAAUUUCCAAUGGCCUUAUAACUGCUAACAAACCUAAAUUUGAGCUGGGUUCAUCAACACAGCUCAAACUUCCAAAAAUCCCCACUUCAGUAUGGAAACUGGAUACAGCAUUAGAUGAAGAAUCAGAAACAAUUGAUCCUGAUGAAUUACUUGAUGAGGAUGAUUUAGUCAAGCCAGAUCCAAUGUCCCUUCGUGUAUGUGGAACCACUGGAAAACGCAAGGCUUGUAAAGACUGCUCUUGUGGUCUAGCUGAAGAACUGUCUACUGAAGCACAAAUAGGCAAAAUUAUUGAUACUACUGAUGCCCCUAAAUCUUCUUGUGGAAGUUGUUAUUUGGGAGAUGCUUUUCGUUGUAGUUCUUGCCCAUAUUUGGGAAUGCCUGCAUUCAAACCAGGAGAGAAAAUUCAAUUACUGGGUCAUCAGUUACAGGCUGAUGUUUGA